CACGUUUCCGUCACAUUCUAUCAACGGUAGACGAGCAGGACGGGUAGACUCUUACUAGAUUCCGUUUAAUGAACUCUAGCUGUCGUCUUGUGGCCUUAAUGAAGCAUCUUAAGACGAUUGGAGCCGCUUGACAACAGCGCUCCUGCGCCGCCAUCUUGGCUCCACCAGCUGCUCUCCGAGGAGGAGGACGGAGCAGCAAUGAGCCACUAGCUGCUCUCAAGCUAGCUUCAUCGAUAUAGAUUGUGGACUCCUGGUCCUCCAUCACAAGACAUCAUGACGUCCUCCAUGCUCCGCAGACAGCUGAAGAACCUGGUCCAGAACUACUCUGAGGCCGAGGUCAAGGUUCGGGAAGCCACCUCCAACGACCCCUGGGGUCCCUCCAGCUCGCAGAUGGCCGACAUCUCCGACUUGACCUACAACGUGGUGGCUUGCAAUGAGAUCAUGACCAUGCUGUGGAAACGACUGAAGGACGACAAGAACUGGAGGCACAUCCACAAGUCGCUGACCCUGCUGGAGUACCUGCUGAAGACCGGAGAUGACCGCGUGCUCCUAAAAAUGAAGGACAACAUCUACAUUGUCAAAGCCCUCACAGAGUAUCGCUUUGUAGAGAAAGAUGGCAAAGAUCAGGGUUCCAAUGUGAGAGAGAAGGCCAAGGUGGUUCUUGUUCUCAUGGAGGACGAUGAGAAACUAAAAGAGGAACGAGACUUUGCUGUCAAGACCAGAGAGAAGACAUCCAAAGGUGCUGCAGCCUCAUCAACGGACAGCGUCAAGGAUCCCAACUACAAGCCGUGUUACGUUCCCGGAUCCACGGGGCUUCCAUCCUUGGACAACAUUCCCUCAGUGGCAGAUCUGACGGCUUCCUUUGCCGCCCGCAAGGAGGAACGCAUCAAGCAGGAAGAGCAAAAGAAGGAGACGGAGAGGAGGGCCAACAUGUCUGAAGAUGAGCUCAAGUGGGAGGAUGCAGGAAAAGGAGAGAGCGAUGUCCAAGAUGCCUGGGGGGGAGGCAAAAAGGAGGAGGAGGUCAAAGCAGGCCCCUGGGGGGUUCCGGAGGAGGCCACCGAUGCUUGGGGCGCACCUUCCAGACCCGACGCCUCAGAAACGGGUCCUGCUGAAACUAACCAGAAUUCUUUUGACUCUUCAUCAAAGAACGGAGAGCCUCCGAAGGACAAGCCAGACCCGUUUAACGCCUCCCCCGAUGGGCAGGAUCCGUUUCUGGCCCGAAACGGUUCCACACCAAAUGAGGCGUCACCCAACGAUGAACAAGAUCCGUUUGCUGCUCCUGAAAAUCAAACACAUCCAUUCAGUUCAUCAAAAAGUGACCCGUUUAAAACCCAAAAGGACGACCCGUUCAACACCCCGAAAGACGACCCGUUCACCACCCCGAAAGACGACCCGUUCACCACCCCGAAAGACGACCCGUUCAACACCCCGAAAGAUGACCCGUUCAACACCCCGAAAGAUGACCCGUUCAACACCCCAAAAGACGACGCAUUCAACACCCCAAAAGAUGACCCGUUCAACACCCCGAAAGACGACCCGUUCAACACCCCGAAAGACGACGCAUUCAACACCCCAAAAGAUGACCCGUUCAACACCCCGAAAGAUGACCCGUUCAACACCCCGAAAGAUGACCCGUUCAACACCCCGAAAGAUGACCCAUUCACCACCUCGAAAGAUGACCCGUUCAACACUCCGAAAGACGACGCGUUCAACACCCCGAAAGACGAUUCAUUUAACACUCCCAAAGACGACCCCUUCAAAGCCCCCAAAGACGACUCUUUCAGCGCCCCUAAAGAUGACCCUUUCAAUGCCCCAAAAGACGAUCCCUUCAACACUCCUAAAGAUGACCCAUUCAAUGCCCCUAAAGACGAUCCCUUCAAUGCCCCAAAAGAUGGUGAUGGAUUUAGCACCCCUAAAGACGACCCCUUUAGUACCCCUAAAGAUGACCCAUUCAACACCCCCAAAGAUGACCAAUUUAGUACCCCUAAAGAUGACCCAUUUAACGCCCAAAAAGACAACUCCCCCAAAGACGACCCAUUUGGCGCCCCUAAAGAUGACCCGUUUAGCGCCUCACAUAAUGACAACACGUCUGACGCCCAGAAAAACGAUCAGUUUAGUGCCCAGAAAGAUCCAUUUGUCUCCCCAGAAGAAGACCCCUUUGGUGCCCCUCAAGUAACAACUUCCUGUGAAGUGGGCCCCCCGAAAGUGGACACUUUGUCAGCACCUUGUACAAAUGCAGAAGAAACGCCCCCCUCCAAGGAAGAGCCCUUUUCUGCCCCCUCCAAAGAGGACCCCUUUGCAGUCCACUCUGACGCAUCACCAGACCCUUUCAGUGGCCCCCCGCUGAGCUCGUCUCAAAGCGGGGGGGACGCGUGGGGUGCUCCAUCGAGUUCUGCACCCCCUUCUUCCUCGGAUCCUUGGGGGGCCGGACCCAGUGCUUCUACACCUGUUGAUGAUGGCGAUCCAUUCGGGGACGGCUCCAAGGCCGACCCAUGGGGGGCUACAGGUUCAGAUGAUGCCUGGGGGGCACCUUUGCCCCCGAAAAGCGACCCAUUUGGAGACGGCACCUUUAAGGCCAAAGGAGGCACAGAAAACACCUUCUAGGGAGCUGUGUCGCAGCACCACAGGAGGUGUCCACAAAGACUGCUUGGUGGGGGGCGUGGUUGCUUUACAUGGACCGCCUGCUUUGUUGUCCCCCCCCCCAGCAUGACACACCCCCACCUCUCAAUUUUAGGAAGGGUUCAUGAGUGAUGGUCUCCGUGGUUACAGUCAUGAGACAGGCAGAGAGGGGCGGAGACAGUUUGGACUCAUGAAUAUUAAUCAGUGGCGUGUAUGAUGGCGUUUAUUGUGUUUGUAGCCGUGUGUAGAUGUUACGUGUGUGUAGAUGUUAGCAUUAGCAUUGUCUUGGCUCCUCUCUGCCGUGUCUAAAGCUGAUGGCUUGACUGUGUUUACAUUUCGUCCCCCGCCCCCUGGCCCUGUAACUGACUUGGUGUGUGUGUGUGUGUGUGUGUGUUGGUGUAAAUAGUGCUGAUCACAGAGGAACCUUACAAUCACAAUUAACUACUAUUGGUUUGUAGCUUGAAUAUUGGUUGAUGCCACAAUGCAGCAAAGGUCAAAGUUUAGGUCAGUUUUUGUUUGUUGUUGUGAGUGUUCAAGUGGUGAUGAUGACGAGGCAUCGGCUUCAUUACCGGUCAACUCAGUAACCAACAGUGUCUUUAACCUCAACAUGCUAACAUGCUAACACGCUCCUCCAGACGAUUACCCAACCGAUCAUCUUUGAUCGCUUCACCCAACUAAUCAUACGUUCAUUUAAAUGCACAAUAAUAAGAAAAACUGUCUAAAAAAAGUCCACUGAUGUAUUAUUUCCUACCGAUAACAUAAAAUAUGUGCACUACAACAACGGAGGAAUAAAAGGAUGCAAUAAGAGACAUGUUGGCUGCACGUGAGGUUGAAAUUGAAUGACGUCCUGGCCUUUGCUUACAUUCACCACAAGAGGGCGACAAAUACUCCCAAGACUACAGCAAGACAUCAGUGACAAUGCGUGAUGACGUAACGGAAUUGUUUGCAUUCCCUGCUUUAUUUUUGUAUUUGGAUGACAGAGUCAUUAAAAUAGAGCGUGUGCGCGUGAGACGUGCUUGCAUGUACAUGAUUAUAGUAUUUGUGUUCCUGAUGUAAAUAGUGAGAUACUGUAUAUUACUGUAUAUUAUCAGGUGAAUAUUUAUUGAUGCGGCAAAGUUCAGGUUUUUGUGGCUGUGAAAGACCCGAUGAUGAUGAUGAUAAAUGAUUAGUCAGCUUCUACUAUAAUAAUACUAUUGCAGUAUUUACAUCCGACAGUCAUCACUUUAUUGUUCAAA